CACAGUUUUGUGACCCAAAGUAGAAAGAACAGGAAAGGAUAUUUAUAAGAAUAUACAGCAAUGGCAGUGGGUUCCGUUAUUUUCUGGAAUGACAUAAGAACAUGUACAUUGAAUAUUAAUAUCUUAGCCCAUUUGACCUUACUGGCAGUGGGGCAAUCUGUAUGGCAUUCAUCAGGAUUUCCACCUCUGUGCAACGAGCCAGUUUGUUGGAAUCUCGGACGUGAUAUGAAGAACAGUAUGAAUCUAGCCGUGAAUCCUUGCGAAGAUUUUUACGAAUUUGUUUGUGGAAAUUGGAUAAACGUCUUGCCUGGCUUCACGAACACAUAUACAUAUUCCUACGAUCAGAUGAGGAGAGCGCAAGAGUUGGCAAACUAUCGACUUAAAGAUAUUAUGGAAACGUGGACGUUUCAAGAGAUUAAUUCCGUGAGGAAAGCAAAAGAGUGGUACUUCAUGUGUACAGACGAUGCAACCUUGAGUCAAAAAGGUAUUGACCCGAUUGAAAAAAUUCUACAAAAUGUAGGUGGAUGGCCGACUAUACUUCCACAUUGGGAUCACCGUGAUUGGCAGGACAUUAACAAUUAUUAUACAACUCUAUCAGGUGGAGAAUCACCUUUCUACAAAAUAAAGGCGAAACCAGACCUAAAUUAUGACCCUGAAAAUAUAAUAUUAGAGCUGUCCCCGCCGAAGUUUCUAACACCCGCGAAGGUUUUAUUGGAUCCUAUUACCAAUGAGAGGCAAUUCAACGCUUAUGAAGGUUUCUUCAGAACAAUUGUAGAUACGUUUAUGCAAUCCAGUAACGUCUACAUUGACCGAGAAGUAAUAACGAGAGAUCUUGUUGAAAUGUUGGUUCUAGAAAUGUUCCUAGCUAAGACUGCUAAGCAUGAUAAACCAGUAGACUCGACCCCAUCAAUCAGACUAACUAUCUCUGAAUUGCAAUACCGAUACAAUGAGAGAAAUGGCAAUAACCCUAAAUCUCAGAUCAACUGGCUCGACGUCCUUCAAAAAGCGGUAGGAAUCGUUGGGGUAGAAAUUAACGAAUCGGAAGAAGUGGAAGUAAUCGAUAUAGACUAUUUCGACAAACUUCCUAUCGUUUUAUAUUUCACGAAUGAACGAGCUAUCGUGAACCACGUUCAUUGGCAAUUCGUUUCCAACUGGAUACGUUACACGACUCCGAUAUUGAGAGAAGCAUUCAAGAACUUCACUAAUGAUAUGGGUUCAUACACAAACAAUCUACCGAGAUGGCAGGAGUGUAUUGAAAUGAAUCCCUAUAACCGGGCAAUUAUAUACGAAUAUAUAAAUGUAUACGUGCCAGAUGCAACCCAAAGUACUUUUGAACGCUUACUAAAUAAUAUUAAGUUUGCUAUGGACCAGCAGAUAUCAAAUGCCAACUGGAUGGAUGAACAAUCGAAGAAUGCGACGAGGUCAAAAUUAAUGUCAGUAUCCGCAAUUUUAGGAGCUCCUACAAUGUAUCGAAACCGCACUGAAGUCGAUCGAUUUUACGAGGACUUACUCAUAGAACCUGGAGAAUUUUUCGAAAAUAUAAAGAAACAAAAGAACGCCACUUUUGCAAGAACUUUAAUAAAAAAUGUUGAUGACCAUUUAGAGGAUAAGCUAUGGAACGAUAUGUUUGCAGCGAAUGCCUAUCACCUUCCUGAUCAGAAUAAAAUAUAUUUUUAUUCGGCAAUGUUGAUGGAGCCAAUGUUUGUCUUGGGGUCAUCUAGCAUUCUAGAAUUGUAUAAUUCUGGUGGUAUAGGAUCUAUUAUAGGCCACGAAGUUGGUCACGGCUUCGAUGAUAACGUGAGGAAAUAUCAUGAACGAUCUCAUACAAUUCCGUUAUGGACCGAAGCCACUAAUAAACAAUUCGCGAAGAUUCGAUCUUGUUUUAUUAAACAAUUUAGUAGUUACGAUAUCCCAGGGAUAAAAAAUGAGACUACUGGACAACCCUUUAAAGAAGAUGGCGAGAAAACAUUCAACGAAAAUUUGGUCGACGCCAUCGGACUUCAAGCGGCCUUUGCCGCUUUCGAGGCAGAAAGCAAAAAUUUGCAAUUUGAAAAACUACCGUAUAUGGAGCAAUUCGACAAUAACCAGCUGUUUUUCAUAUCUGGGGCCAGUGUGAGUAAAUUUUUGGUAAAAAUUACCUUACUCAUAACCUUGAAGGAGUUAUAUGCAGUUGUGAUAGCCGAAAUUCAAGAAUUUUUUUCAUGACUAAAAUGCAUUUUUUAAUCGAAAACAGAGCGUGAUUUCAUGGUACUAUUACUGAACUAAAUACAUAAUUUUGUUGUCAAGAUAUAUUACACAAUUGGCGAGGUGCAUCAAUUCUCCGAAAAGGUUCUUUCUUUGCGGAGACCAGGAUAUCUCAAAAAGCAUUUCACCGAUCGGCUUCAAAUUUUUAGGGCUCGUUCUACACAUGGAGGACUGCUGAAUGAACGAAAGAUUUUUCGAAAUUCCGAUUUUUCCCAAAAUGGCAGUGGUCUCACUGAAAAAUCACUUUUUUCGUCUUAUAACAUUUUCGUUUUUAUUUAAUAAAACAGCAAUUUUUCAUAAAAAAAAAAUCAAUCCUUCGUUCAUUCAGCAGUCCUCUAUGCGUAGAAUGAGCACUACAAAGUUGAAGCCGAUCGGUGAAAUACUUUUUGAGAUCUCGUGGUCACCGCAAAAAAAAAAGCUUUUUCGGAGAAUUGCUGUACCACACCAAUUUUUAAUAAUAUCUUGAAAAAAUAAAUUAUAUAUUAAGUAGAAUAAUUGUAAUAUGAAAUCACGCUCUGUUUUCGAUUAAAAAAUGCAUUUUAGUUAUGAAAAAACAUUUAUGAAUUCCGCCUGACAACUGCAUAUAACUCCUUAAACGGAAUAAAUUCAUAUUGAUCCACGGCGUCAAAUCAUACACUUCCACUUUGCAUAUACCACGAGG